AUGGAUUACCAAGAGGAUAUCCAAGAAGAAACAUCUUCUAAUGCUAUUGUAGUGCAAUUUAAUAAGAUUAAGAACAUUUAUAGAUAUUAUGUUGAUAAAUCAACACCUCAUAUCAAGGGCAGAUGGGCAGGAUUGGGUGUUGCAAUCAUUCUUUUCCUGCUGCGUGUCAUAUAUGCCCAAGGGUGGUAUGUUGUAUGUUAUGCUUUAGGUAUAUUUUUAUUAAACCAAUUUUUAGCCUUUUUAACACCAAAAUUUGAUGUUUCUUUACAACAGGAUGAGGCAAACAAAGAACUAGAAGCUGGUGAAAGAUCUGAAGAAUUUCGUCCAUUUAUUAGAAGAUUGCCUGAAUUCAAAUUUUGGUAUAAUAGUGCUAGAGCCACUUUUAUCUCAAUAAUUCUUUCAUUUUUCCGUAUUUUUGACCUACCUGUCUUUUGGCCAAUUCUAUUAGCUUACUUUAUUUUAUUAUUCUUCUUAACUAUGAGAAGACAAAUUCAACAUAUGAUCAAGUACAACUAUAUCCCAUUAGAUAUAGGGAAGAAAAAAUAUACUAAAAGUUCUAAAUAA